UGCUACAGAGAUUCAGGCAAGAUUAGAAAGUCUCAUACUGUAUGUCAGGUAUGAGGUUGUUUCCUGGCUCGACAGCCAGCUUAAACCUCUUAAGUCGGGACAUCUUAUGAUUACGUUCGCUGGUUUCAUUUUACCGCCUAAAUAGCUCAGCGAUUUUACCUUGCUCGAAUGUUUACAAUCUUUGAAGGGCGGACACAAAGGGAUGGUAAAGGGAUCUAGAUAAUGGAAAUUAUUUUCCAAAACAAUUCAUCAUAGACAAGGCGUACUUUGUUUUAAAGCCUUUGUCCUCGUAGGGUUCUCGUGGACAACUUUGCAAUACAGCAUUACUUUCAACAGACAAGGGUCUGAUGCUGACGUCAUCCUCAAAUUACUGGACAGAGCCUGGUCAUUGUUUCAAUGAUUGCUUCAAACUACGCUCGACAUUGGUUACUCUUUGGCAGCAUACAGAUAAUCAGAUAAUCAGAAUCAGAAGACAAUGUUCGGCAAUUUCCCAUCUGGCGUUGCAAACAGAAGAAAAAAAACAACCAAGUAACGCCUGCAAUAGUUACCAUAAUCAUUAUGUCGCUGGGAAGAACUUCGCCUGAUUAGUUUUGUUUGUUUGUUUAGAAUUGAUAUCUUGACCAUUACCAUGUUUCGUAGAAACGGCAAUAAUAACGUUCACUACCCCCGAGAGUCGAUGUUUUGUUAAUUUAUUCAGUGGUUUACUGCUCUCCCGGGAUUACAAGGGAAAAUUUACAUGUGUAUUACGUUAGUUGUAAGCCAUUGACGCAGGAUAAAGCAGGCGAAGUGGUAUGGAUCUCAACGACUCUACGCAGUUCACACCAACGAUCAGGGCGUCCGACGACAAUCCGUUCGAAUUUGAGCAAGAAAGUGGUUUAACCGAACUAGUUACCACGGGAAUGAGUGGUCACGAUGUAAGUCCUGUAACCAAAACAAUGUGACGACUUGUUAUUCAUUUUAAUGCUGUGGUUUUUGUACAGUCUACAUAAACUUUAUGUUGCUACAGAAUGAAUGUUUAUAAUUAUUAUGCCAGGUAUAUUUUAAGAGUAUCAAGUGACACAUAAAUUUCUUCUGUUUGUCAUUUUCAGACGGACAGCUCUGCAGAAAGCGACAGCAGUGAGAUCGAAGACUCGUUGGCGGCUGGUUUUGUUCCGAUACACCAUGGUAUGAAAUAAAACCCUUAAGGAUUCUUUGUUCGGCAAUUUGUGCUUGUAUUCGAGCACCUGAAGGGUCAAUUUCCAUAUUUGCAGCUUCUAUCGGACAAUAUUACAGAUAUCAUGGCUCUCAGUUAUUCUUGAAUUUUGUUGAUGGGAGGUCGCAUCUCAAGGUUUCACCGGAAAUGUCGUAAUGACAUGGAAAAACGUAAAAUUUGUGUAUACAGCGGGCGCGCAUAUUUUCUUUCGCCGGUAUAUUUGUGAUCGAUCACCGACAACUGGCCGCUUCCAAACCUCUUUUCCUUUCUAAGACCGAAGGCUUUCGCUUAAGUGCCUAUAGCAUAAAAUCAACAUUGACUCGCUUUAAAAUAUGCAUAGUACAGUCUUUGUCAAUCUCUUCUGGCUUGGAAAUUGACGUCAAAUUUCUACUGAGUUGAGUUGCCAUAGGCCGCCAUAUUGAAGUAAGUUGAAUUGCAAACCGACCGUUCAGGUCUUGGUCAGCCAAGCCAGUCGGUGGAUCGCACCCAGAAAUGAGUUCACGAAAGAACGAGGAGAAAGGUGCCUAAUUUUUUUCUUCCCUUAUUCUAUUUUGUUCUUUUGUGAUCCUCUGGGAAUACAUUUAUGACCAGGGAGAGAUCGCCCAAUUGACUCCCACCAAACCCUGGGAUCACACAUCCCCAAGAUCGUAGGUAACGAUGUUCAUCUAUACAAAUGUUACCCUUCUUUAUACUUUUCCCAAUUGAUUAUGGUAAUUGUCAUAAAAUUCUGUAUAAUCUUUUGCUCAAAACGUACGAAAUAGUUUGUUUGUUAUGUUCAAAGUCUUGUUGUGCUCAAGUCAGUUAGACACACCACCAAAUAUGAACUUGUUGGCGAGCAGUGACAUAUUUUUGAGUAGAGGGUUCGUGUUUUCCUCACUGACUUUGCCCUCCCUUAAAGUACAUUAAUUUUACGUUCCAUUUUCCACAAGGUGACUCAUUUUAAAAUGGUGACUCCUCUUAAAUAUAUCGGCAAUUAACUGUGAAGAGUUAGCGACGCUCUUCAGCUUGGUAACGACUUAGUUCUCACGAAAAUAAUAUUUGAUUAUCUACGUGUAAAGGUUUUUAUUUCUUUGCUUAAAUAAAAAAAUGUGAUUAUCGCUUACAGGGAAGAAUCAGUGUUUCAGGAAGGUGAACUUAAAAUAUCCUAAAAAAUUUUCGGUUUUGAAUUUGCAUAGAACCAACUGCAUCUGCCUUAAUUUCUUUUGCGCUGAACAACUAUUGACUGUUUUCCUUUGUCCUAAUCUGUGGGGGUUCCACAGAAAGAAAUAUAGCUGUUUUUACGAACCAAGUAGCAAAAUAUUGCCGUCUGCGAUCUCGUUAAAGAGGAAAUGAAUUAUUUGUGAGAUGCAAAGGGUUGGAUAGUCCCAGAACCUUUUUGCGGUAAGCCAACGGAACUGGUUCCCAUUUGUCGCUGUUAGGAACAGAGCAAAUCUGGUUAUGAGCUUUCUAUCGGCAUUCUCCUAAGUUUUGUUCGGAUAAUGUCGACUAAUAACGACGAAGAGUCCAAAGCAGAUGUUGGAGAAGGAAAGAAAAUCAAAAACACCCCAAAACGAAAAAAGUUUCGUUCGUUUUCACUCGGUAAGUGUCUCAAAACAACAUUGAGCAUUGUGUAUUGACUAAGUUUUAAUAUCGAAAGUGAGAUUUUCGACACGGCCUUUCUCAGUUGUUUGAAUCAGUAGAAUAUUGUGUGAAAAGGCUUUUUGAUUUCCUUGUAUGCCCUGGUUAUCAGUUAAAAGUUCUGGUCGAGAGCAGCUUAUAAAUAUGUCACUUGUACGUUUUAGGUUUAAGGAAAUAUAGACAUCUUUUCGGAAAUUAACACACUCAAUCGUUCGGUGGUGUUCUGUAUUUUUAGAUAGCGAUAAAUUUUACACUGGAUCACAAAUGCAUUGAUUUAGUGUCAGCAUCACUCCCCGAUAACAUUUUUCCACUUAUUUUUAUUGGAAUUGAGAAUGAGUCAACUCCUUGUGUAUGAUUUUAACAUUAGUUUAUUUGCAUCUCUGAUAAGAAAUACAGCAUUGACAUUAUAUGUAAAUUUGAAUACCUUGUUUGGAGCUUUAAGUCUAUUGCUUAUAGCAAGUGGUUAUGUGGAUAAAACUUUAUCUUCUACUGAGAGAUAUUUGAAGAGAGGUGAUGUUCAGAGAAUAUAUUUGGCUAUCAUGUAUCUUUAAUAACUCAAAAACAGUUUGUUUCUGAGUCUAAAUAACCACAACAUUUAAUUGUUAUGAUAAUGUGCUUAACAUAUGCUUUGGCCUUGAAUGUGUUUCAGGGAAUCCAAACUUUUUAACAAGACAGGCAGUAUUUGUGGUAGUAACACUUCACUAUUAAUCCACAUAAUGCUUCACUUAAAGUUAUAAGUUAGUGUCUUAUUUUGAUUCCUAGCUUGUCAAGAUUUUCUCAUAUAAAUGCUGUAACCUGUGGUUAUUUUGAAUACUAACUGGAGGUGGCAAGGUUUGCAUGAAAAGCUAUGCAUCGCUUUGUUUUUGCUGAAGUAGUUUUUGUAUUUGAUUUGUCAGUAGAGAGGUUGCACAAUUCUCUUUUCCUGUGCUUGGAGUUGAAUUGAUGUGAUAUUUAUGUGAGUCUUACUUGAGUUUUGGUGUCCUGUGUGAUUGAACACUGUUAUAACCAUAUUGUGUUGCUGUUUUUUUGAGAUCUGUGUUAGUCAUCCCCAGCCUUGAAGUGAUGUCACACUUUGUUUCCCAUAUUUUUUUGGAUAUUUACUGCACUCAUAGAAUCAAGGAAAAUUUCUCCUUUAAUGUACAAAACAUUCAGUGACUUAAGAUAUUAAUUUUUUUCUCAAGAGAGUGGCCUGUUGCAGGCAUCAAGCCAGAAAAAGGCUUGCAAUAAUAUCAACUUAGUGAUUAAAAAAAUUAAAUAAAAAAGAAAAGGUGAGGGAUUGGGAAGAGUGGUUGGAAGUUUCACAUGUUUUCCAGUCUGUUGUUAAGCAUGUCAAAAUUACCUAUUCUUUCAGUAACCUCUGCACCUGUAUUGCAGAGGUCAUGGGUUCAAAUCCCAAACAGGGCUGAAUUUUUAUCAAGCCUUAUUUUCACUACUGCUCAAGUAAUGUUCAUUAGUGUGAAGAUCGCUUUCCUAUUCACGUCUUUAUCUGCAGUUCAAUAAUAUUUGACUUUCAUAUAUUCACAGUGGAAUUAUAAUGUAGUUUGCAAGAAGAAUGCAAGUUGUUAUAGUCACACUUAAUCAUUUCCUCUUGUGAAAUUUUGCCAUAAGUUUUGCAAAAAACCUUUUUUUGUAUAUAAAGGAAUUAUAUAAUUCCUUUGAUUAAGGAACUAUGAAAUCUAUAUAUUUCUUUACCGAGCUCAAAACUAACCAUCUCUCUUAUUCUGUUUACAAACAUGAUGCUAUUGACAUUGUUGAUUCUAGCAGUAUACAGGAUGUGUCAUAAGAACUUUGGAAUAGUCCUUGCUCACUGUAGUCUCUGUGGCUCAGUGGUUCAGCAUCGAAGUGCUGAAUCCAAAGGUCUGAGUUUUGAUUCCUCAUGGGGACUCAAAAGUUUUUCUUUGUCCCAUGCUCAUGAUUAGACAAAAACACUUUUCUCAAUUAUAAAGUAGUUUGCAAGAAGAAUGCAGAUUGUUUUUGUGACACUUAAUCAUUUACUCUUGUGAAAUUUUGUCAUAAGUUUUGCAUAAAACUUUGAUUUCUAUCCUUUGAAUUGUUUGAGACUGCACGAUGGGUAAAAACAGCAUUGUAUACCUAAAGGGUUCAUUGCAACCUCAAAGAAAAUUCAAACAGCCUGCUUUUGUAACUUAAAAUUUAACAUGUAACUUUGCAAAGGGCCUUUCUGCACUAGUGAACAAAACUAGAAUUGUCCAAAUAAAAUUAAAAAAAAAAAAAUUUUGUCGUGACAAAAUUUUUGUUUUGUCUGUUGCAUCUGCAUCAAAAGUGUUUGAAGCUGCCAAAUUCCAUCAAUGUCUCAGCGGUGUCAUUUGUUCAUAAGACUGGCCAGAAUAGCUUUUCAAAGGAUUCCACCUCCAAUUUCAAGGAUUUAUCCUAAAUCAUCUUAAAAAUUUAUAAUCCCUGAGUUUUGCAUUAAAAGACAAUUUUUGCCUUUCUAGUAAUCUGAUUUCAGUUCAAUUACUCACCGGUUGUAGCUUUUACCACAAAUGAUCGACAAGUUUCACAGGGAUUUGUUUAUUUAGUUGAUUUUGUCCAGUUUUUACCCAGGACAAAUUUUGUUGCAAGUGAUUGAAAAUUUGUCUAAAUGAACAACUCUUUUGGCUAGUGCGGAAAGGUUCUAAACAUAAGACAUUCAUGCAACAACAGAUCAAUUAGUGUGGUUUGUGUGUUUCAUAUUUUAUUUUUGGAAAAAAUGAGGUGGCUCAAAAUAGCGUUAUUUUUCUUUUCACUUCAGCUGACACAGCACUUCUACUGGGAAGUUUAUCUAGAGGAAAAUCUAACAUUGAAAAUGGUGAAGAAGACCGCAGCACACAGUCAAGUCCACUGGGUAAGUUACAGGCUUAGACAAUUCUUUAAGUGUGCCUGAUGCCUCAAAACUCUUCUUUUCUUGUUAUCUGUACUUUUCCUACAAAUAAAUUUUUGGAUCGGUUUAAGCCUCAAAUUUCUAUAAAUUAAGUUUUUAAAUCCUGAAGAUCUAUGUGUUAGCCUGAGCAAUGAGAAAUCUGGGGUAAACCUUAGCUAUAAGAUCAGAUCAAGAACAUAGUUAUCAGCACCUUCUCCUUCACUGGGAAAGUUUUGUGUUUCUGCAGGGUAUCAAAAAGGAUCUACAGUGUCUUUUGCUGUUAAUUAACUCAUAUAUAGUUUUGUUUAAAGAUCAAACUGUCUAGAAGAUAACUUGCUCUUCUGCAGAUAGCAAAGCACAUGGUGUAUGUUAUGGUAACAAUUGUCCACAGUUUGUGAGGGAGUUACAGUUAACUGUUCCUUAAACAAUAAACAUUUGCUCUACCAAGUUGCCCAUUCAGCAUUUAAAAUGAUAUUGCUCAAAAGGCCAGCUCUCUAAGUAGAAAGAAAUGAAAACAAUCAAAGUUGUUUGGUGUUUUUCUGUGAAUGUAGGAGUGUGUCAAAUGUCCUUUUCAAGCUUUUCUCUCAUAGCCACAAUGUUGUAUAUGCUCACAGUCAUCCCCAAACUACUGGUAGAAGGGUCUUAAUGUCAGCCAUGAUAAUGAAAGCUAUCAUGAACAAGGAAUUGAAGAGAAUUAAGCAAGUCCCCUUACCUUUGCCAGAGAGUACUGAGGAGCUCUCCUGCAUGAUUGCACCAUGUGCUAAAAAAUCAUCCCAAAAUCUUGUUCACCCUGCAUUACCUGCUUGCACCUUGAGAUGGAAAGUUCAAGGUGAAAGUGGUGACUCUGACGUAAAGGCAUGUCAAGAUUAUUUUUAUAACAAUGACAACUAGUGAUAGCAAAUCUCUCUGAAGAGGGAGCGCAUUUUAAGAAACCCAAAUUUCUAGCUAUGCCCAAGGGCUAUUUAUUGUGUUUAAGUAAUUGUUUCAAUUUAUUAGAUAAACACAGUAUAGCUGUAAAUGAAAAUACAUUUUCAUAAAGAGUAUGUACAAUUUUUUUUGCUUUGUUGUCAAAUUUGUUUUACAACUGUCUCGGUAUCUGAUGUUUGUGCUCUGUGUUAAAUGAUAGAAGAGACAUUUAUUGGUGAAAUUCUUAAUGAACUCUGUAAUAGAUAACUUUGAACAAAUUUGCAGUGUUAAUGAAAAUUUUGUGUCGAGAUAUAGUUUGUGUACCAGACUGAUACUGAGUGUAUUUCCAGAGUUGAAUGUACAGUAGGUGAAAAUAUUUUAAAAUAAAUAUAAAUUUAGUUUAUGUCUGUAGAAAAUUUCCACUUAAGUUGCACUUCCUCACAAAUUAUGAUAAGGUAAUUUCAGAAUGUUACUUCUUACAUAUUGCAAAAGAAAAAUAGAUUUAAACAUGCCUGAUUAAAGUAUUUCUUCCAUAAAGUUGUGCACACUGCAAUAAGGUUCCCUUCCAAAUUUAGCUCUCUGUACAUCUUUUACUAGAUGACAGGGUAUCUGACUUAAUUGAAUAAACAUCCGUUGAAAUUGUUUUGAUCAGAACAGGAUGUCUGAAAUUUAUGGAAUCCAAUUUUGUUCCUUUUGUUCUAAAUUGGCUGUCUGUAGCUUUUUUUGCUUUCUUGUUCCAUUUGUUGUAGCAAUAUUCAUUGUAGUAUUGAGAAUACAGGCUUAUUUACAUGCAUGAAGCACAAAUGAAAAUGGCACUUAAAAAUUUGAAUUAAAAAGUUUAGUCUGAAUAUGUAAGAUUUUAUUGGCUUUUGAAUAAUUCAUAUUUUGGGAAGAUUUUGUUGAUACCACACAUUUGCUUUCUCAGGUAAUUGAUAGGUUUCUUGAUUUAUAGCUUUGUGUGGAUGAAAAUGUUUGGAUUACGGGUUAUUCAGAGAUGAACCUGUAGCUUUCUCAUGAAAGGGCUACCUUGCCAGUAACAAGAAAUUGUUAUCUAUUUUGAAACGGAAACUGUCAUUUCAAGCUCAAUUUAAUGUUUUUCCAACAUAUUGCGGUACUUGUAGAUUUCCAUUUUAACUUGCUAUGUUAGCAAGGAAGGAUAAGGGGAAACGAAGACAAGGUAAAUUCAGUUUGUAGGUAAUAAUGUCUAUUGUUGAUUUGUGCAUGUAAACAUAGGGGGCAUAUAAUUAGAUGGUAUUUGCUAGAGUUCAAUGAAAGAGCUAUCCAGUAGUCAGAAUAUUUUGGCAAAGUAAAAUUGAGUCAUUGUGUCUAAACACUUUCAUGUCUAUCUUUUUAUCCAUUACCCUUUCUGUUAGUUUUUCCCCUUUAAACUUGUUCACUUAAAUUUAUAGCCAGGAAGCAUUUUGGGGUUAUAUUAUUUCUUGAUGAUUACUUUCAGUAUAAACUGUAUUUCAAAAGGACUUGCAAAGUUCCCUUUCCUUUGUGAUAACAAUAUUCUAGACUGGAUCUGAAAGCAAAGGAGGAUAGGCCCUGUUUCAUAAAUUAUUGUCAUUGAUUUCUUAGUAGUUUGGUGCAAUGAUUUCUCCCAUACAUUCUUGUCAAUGUGACCUCAAAAUUUUACAAAUUCAAUUUAAAUAGGAGUUAAAUGUCUUUGGGUGCCCCAACCUCAAUAAGUCAGAGAAAGCUUAUCAUGAAAGGAGUAUACACAAUUUGAAUUCAGUGUUAUGAUAAUGACAUUAAUGAAUUGUGGUGAAGAUUAUCUUUUCCUGACAGCUGGUAUGAGGAGGAGAAAUUUUAAAUGCAUGAAAGCCUUUUUGGUGAAGUAUUGUGGCUUGCAGAGCUACAUGUUUUAAUAGUAACUUAGCUAUACUAUUUUGCCCUGAGAAACCUGAUGAUGGCUUGUAAUGUCAGUGGAAAUCUCUUGUCAUAUAUCUGUGGCAAAUUUCAAUUCCUGUCUGAGUAAGCAAAAUAUUACCGGUAUAAUCUAUAGGUAAUGAAAAAUUAAUCACAGCCAGAAUGGAAAUUAAAUUGUCCACUGAAAUAGUACAUAUAUUUUCCUUUUUUACAUGUUGUCAUGUUCUGAAAAGGCUGUAAAAAAUAGUCAGGUCGGAGCCUGGGCUGGUUUAUUUAAGCAUCAGGUUUAUUUUGCUUUUACUGAAAUGUUUUGUACUGCUCAUAUAGGUUUUCAAAUGUUUUGCAUUCUUGAAUGAAGGGCAGUGAAACCAGAUUGCUUUGAAUGGCAUUUGCUCAUCACACUUUUCAGUCGGUAGAAGACAAUUUAAAAACUUCCUAUGAUCAUUUUAUUUUACCACAGUCAAUAUUGAUAAAUCUGACGCCACAAUUAAUUUCCAAGUAACAUUUGCUCAAGCAAUCAAGUUAAAUUUAUAACUUUGAUAUCAAACACAGCAGGAAAUUUGAAUUAUUUUUUGUCUCUAAAUUAUUUUGAUUCACUUUUUGAAAGGAUAUUGUAGUGUAGUCAUUAGUAUCAGUAUAAGUAAUAUUUAAAUAUUUUAAUGUGAUUGUGAUAUUAAGGCCAAAAAUAUUGCAGAGAAACACUGCUAUGCGCCACAAUAUGGGUUUUAAAAGGGUACAAUUUAAAUUUGAUGGAUGUUGUAGUUUUGAAAUUGUCUGUUUUUACAAUGUAUAUAGUUUGUUCAUGUUUACUCUGAUUUACACUUAUAUUGUCACAAUAUAUCUUGAACAAGAAAAAUAUAAAUCAAACAAGUUUGAAGUUGAUUUAGCCUUCAUUGUUUUCUGACAGAUGCAAUAUGUAUUUAAACUAAAACAGUUCAAAAUUAGCUGGGAAUCAGCAUUUUAACCUUUAAGAUAUUUUUACUUGAAAGAGUACAGUUUCUUUUUCUUUUAGUGUAUUUAUUUAGUCAAUUUUUUCAUGUCAAUUGCUUCAUUUGAGCUUUAAACUACAGCAACCACUAGUUGUGCAAGAUGAUGUCUUUUUAAAAUUUUUAUUUGUAAAUUAGACAUCUUUCAUAAGAUUGGGUAUCAUGAUGUUUUUCUCAUUUUCCUAAAAUUUUCUUUGAUUUGUGACCUCAUAAAGCUUAAGUGAGCAAAUGAUAUAUUUAUUGAAUAGGUCGAAUUUUUUAGGAACAUUCAUUAUGUGCAGUUUAACCUUGUAUGUAACUUCUUUUUUAAUAGAUUUAAUCACUUUCCUUUUGUGCCAGUAUUUAUAUGCUCUAAAAAGAUAAAAAUACCUGUAAUUAUUUCCAAGGUACAUGACUUAACAAUUGUGUCUUAACUGUUCUUCUGCCAGUUAUGAGUUAUAUUGUACACUGUCAUCAGAGAUUUAACACUAUGCACAUUAACCUGGCCAGUAUUUCUAUAUUGCUGUUCAGAAAAUCUUUUUAAUACAUCAGAUUGUGGUGAUAACUUAAUUGUAAUAAAUAUUGAUUGAUUCUGGUCAAUGGUUAUCAACAGUAUGAUUGUUAAGGUCAGGAUGAUAACAAACAGCAUUUUGCACUAUCACCCAAAGCAACAUUUUAAGAAAAUUUCCUUCCUUUUUUUAAGCACAAGAUGAGGGAGAAGGUAGUUUUAAAUUUGAUGGUCCAAGUUCAAGGAAUUCAACCCCACCUGUUAAGCUGGAUAAGAAGGACAGAGAUAAAGAGAGGCUGGUAAAUAUCACUUGGGCAGUUACAAUGUGUUUUAUUUAAAUUAUGUAUUGUAUUAAGAGUCUUACAUUGAACAGCAACUUGCAUGUAGCUUAUAAACUGUACAGGUUUAGAAAAUACCAGAGUUCAAAAUUCCUCCAUGAAAAAGGAGUUGGAGUUAUUACUGGUUAGAAACAACAGUGAAGUCAUUUUGGGCUCUUGUUUUUGUGUAAAAUCAAAGGAUUCAAAAAAUUAUAUGUUAUUGAACUCUUGCAUGAAGGGUGAAAGAUUUGCUAUUGUCAAGUCAAAAAUUUAAAAAAUGAAAUUGUCGUUAGCUUUUAUUUAAAAUAUUAAAAGACUCGUAUUUCGUUGUGCUAAAAGCUUUGAUAGAAGUACAAAGAAAAUGUUGAUUCUGCUAGUCUGUACAAUUUUAUAUGAUUAGGUACUUGUGCUAAUACUCAAUUCAUUUUGAAAUGACAGCAGAGUUUGGAAAAAAGACUUUCUGUGCCAGACAAAUCCCCACUGUUUCCAAGGAAAACUUCAAAGGAAAGUUUCAAGGUAAGUUUUAAUUUUAGAUAACUAUAUCCAUGAAUUUUUUUUGCUGGUCAAACAAGUACUGGCCAGAUAACUAUAAUUAUGUGUGUGUGUCUGUCUGUUGGUGUGUGUGUGUAUGUGUGUGGGGAUGAAGUAACUUCAACUUUAUGGUAAAGGCAUGACCUUUAAUGAAGAGGUGGUACACUUGACACACAUGUUUAUGAUGAUGACACAAUAAAUUUUGACCCAAAUUAUCAAAUCUUACUGGUAGAAACAUUUUCUAAGAAAAAUCAACCAAUAUACUCUCAGAGUGUACAAAUUAGGACAAUUUUCUUUACAAGUAGUUCAAUAGGAUUUUGGGACAGUGUAUACUUGGAUUGUAAUUCUUCCAGCAUAUAAUUUUUCAUAUAUCUGUCUUUCAAGGCAAUGAAAGAGAGUUACAGACAAGAACAGAAACGCAGAAUAAAAGAGUUAGCUAGUGCACUGAAAGACCCUUCAGUGAUCAUACUUUCCUCCUGGCUCAAGGUGAGGAUAAUUUGUAGCAGUUAUUUUUCUGCAACUUUGAUGUAAAAAUAAUUUUUACAAUUCAACACAUCCUUAAUCAACUUUUUUGACAACUGUAAGGUUCGUGGCACCUUGAAAGGCUGGCAGAAGUUUUGGUGUGUUGUUAAGCCUGGUAUGCUGCUUAUUUACAAAAGUGCAAAGGUAUGAACUAAAUUGAAAUUAUUUCAAGUACAAAUUAAGUAAUUUUAUUUCAGGUGCAUUAGCAACUUAUAAACUAAGGUCCAUAUAUUAUCAUGGCAAGUAUUAGUGACUCAGCUCUGCUUUCUUCCCACAGCAUGGCCAGUGGGUAGGCACUGUUCUAUUGAAUGGCUGUGAGAUUUUACAAAGACCUUCCAAGAAAGAAGGAUUCUGUUUUAAAAUCUACCAUCCACUUGAGCACUACAUGUGGGCAACAAGAGGACCAAAAGGAGAGCUGGCUGGUUCAAUUGCUCAACCUAUGCCAAAGGAUCAUCUUAUUUUACGAGCAGACUCUGAAUCUGAUGGUAAGUGUUGUAUAUGAUAUCUAACUCUGAUUAAAACUUCUGAAUAGAUUGUAGAAAUCUCAGUCACUGUUGCCAGACUAUCACACUUCAUGUACUGAUGUACAUUGUUGCUCCAUUCUCUGUUACAGCAGAUAAGAAUUUGAGCUCUAUUUCAUUGUGCAACUAAUCUAAAUAUUAUUUGUGCUAAAGACAACUGCUACAUUUUGAUUUGAAUAGGACGGUGCUGGUUAGAUGCUUUAGAAGUUGCUCAGAAUCAGGGAUACAGCAAUCAAAAAGACAACAAAGGAAUGUAUGUUUAAAAAAAAUUUUCCUUCAAUGUGAUCCUUUGUGAUGCUUGGAUUUAAUAAAAAUCAUGACAUGCCUUUUUUUAUACCGGAAGGUUAAGUGAGCUGUAUGGUAAGGAUGACAAGGAAGACAGAGAGGAUGACAGUGGAAUUCCAGCCAUUCAAGGUCAGUUAUUUCUUACUUGUUUUGGUUUUUUCAGUUUUUUAUGCUUUUAUUAGUUUGUUUUUUGAUUGAUUACUGAUUGUAGAAGGGAUAUAAAAGGUACACAUACAAAUUUAUAUAUAUAUAUAUAUAUCAUGUGUAAAAAUGGCUUUUUCCUUCUCUAACAGAUCAAGAUGAUGACAGCAAUGAUGGAAUGGUUAGAUAUUAUUUUUGUAUCAUUUAUUUAUCUUAGGGUUAGGGUUGGGGUUAGGUUAGGGUUAUUUAGUUUGAGAAGAGUGUUUGUUUUCUCUCCCACAUUGUGUAACUUGUUUUUUUGGCGUUGUUCUUUUAACAUCCCACAUAACAAUUGACGGGGUUUUUAUUUUAUUGUGAACAUCAAAAAUGCAAUUUAUAGCUACACCAAUUUUAGUUCUUUUUUUUACUUUCUUUAUUUUUUCCUUAUUGUGUUUUGUUCAUAGGAAAAAUCUGACUCUGAUAAUGAAUUGGAUGACACGAUAGGGCCACUUGGAAGAGGUAGGUAGUUCUUGCCCCAAACAAGUGGCAAAAUUAACGUUAUCCACAAAUAUUUAAUAUAUUGUCUGAACCUGCUUAUCCCUUCCUCAUCAAGUUACUUCCCACAAUUUCAAUGCACUAUCCAGCAAGCUGUUGGUAAGGGAACAGAUGAGUUUUUCCUAGUCAAAUUUUACAUUAAAUUUAUUAAGUAGAUUUGACCUAACCCUUAAUCUCAUUGUUGUUACAGUUAUGUUGUUGAAAUCGUAUAUUUUGUUAAUCACAGAUGGUGAAGAGGAGAUGGAAGAGGGUCCUGUUGAAGAAACAAUUUAUGUUGGAGAGAAAGGGGAGGAAUAUCUUGGACAGGUGCAAACUUCUGGGCAAUUCUUCAUUCAAAACUAUUUUGGCUUUUUACCAUAUGUAACUGGCUUUCUCUGCCUUUAGAGCAAAAAUCAUAUUGUGUAGAAUUUAUAUUUUAAUUAAACAACUUUUUAAGAAAUGUUUUAGUGCCUGGGACGAGCAUGUUGCUGUGAAAGUUCCAUGCCAUGGUUUUAAGUACAAAACAUACACUGUACCAAGUAAUCAGCUCGAUUCUUUUAUAUCGGAAAAAGGCUCAUAACUUUUUUAGUCCUGAAAAGCUUUUAUUUGAUUUUCAUGGAGCUCAAUUGUUGUUCAAAUAUUCAUUGAGACUCUUAUCAAUUUGGACAGACCAAAGGUGUAGUCGAAGUGUACCUGUAGAUGUGAAAAGAAUUGUAGGAAAUGUAUUGCUUAAUACUGCUUAAUUGUUGAAAGAAAUGUACUGUUCAACAUGACUUAUUUUUAGUAUUGUUUUUGUUAGGCUGGUGAGGCACUAGAGGAGAUUGAAGAUGAAAACAAAAGUAUUCUGUGGGCACUUUUAAAACAGGUCAGGUGAAAUGAGCUUUGGAGAUUAGAGGGGACAAAAAAAUUUUUUAAGAUCUGCUGGAUAAGGGUGAAGAUUUGAAGCUUAUUCAAAUGAUGUGGGUGAAUGCUACACGGAACUUGUUAGUAAGCUAGGUUUCCCACCUAUUGGUACAGCAGUUACCAAAAUAAUGUUAACACCAACCAUUUAAAUGCUCAACAGGUCAAGCCAGGCAUGGAUCUUUCAAGGGUUACUUUACCAACCUUUAUUCUGGAACCUAGGUCAUUUUUAGACAAGCUUUCAGACUUCUACUUCCAUUGUGACAUUUUGUCCAGGUAAACAGUUCACAAAUCCUAUUUGAUCAAGUCUUACUCUUAUUUUACACCCACCCCAUUCUACAUCAAGUUCAAUGUGACUUAGGUGAUUUUUUAUAGUAAUCAGAUUGAAAGAAACAUUGAAAAUAAGGUUAUGUGGUGGGAAGAACAACUCUGAGGGGAUAGGAGUAGACCUUAACCCCCCCCAAAAAAAAAAAAAAAAAAAUUACAAAAAGAUUUUUGCAAAUGGUAACAUUUUUUUUAUUUAUAAAUUAUGUAGAGCUGCAAGAGAGGAGGAUGCCUACAGCAGAAUCAAGGAAGUAGUCAGGUGGUAUUUGUCAGGAUUUUAUAAGAAACCCAAGGUUGGUGAGAGAAAUUGAGCGUACCCCUUAGUACUGUAAAUUUGUACAUUGUUGAUGUACCAAACUUUUGAAUAAAAAACCAGCAUAUCUAAAAUCUGACUUAUCCUGUGUAUGGUACCAGAAUGUAUAUUACCAAUUGACAAUCAUUUGAAUAACUAUCUUUCUGAUAAUUAUUCAUAGGGUUUGAAGAAACCUUACAACCCUAUCCUUGGUGAGACGUUCCGCUGUUACUGGGGUAAUCCUGAUGGUACCAAGACAUACUUUGUCGCAGAACAAGUUUCCCACCAUCCUCCAGUAUCAGCAUUCUAUGUGUCCAAUAGAAAAGAGGGAUAUGUAGUCAACUGCUCUUGCUUGGCCAAGUCCAAAUUUUAUGGUAACUGGUAGUUUUAUUAUUAAUAGUAUUUGCCUUGUGACCUUUUUUUGUGGGUCCGGUUAAGUACACUUGUCCAGUUUUUAGAUCUGACUGACUGGAGCAUGAACAUUGUGAGAUGAAAAGCUUGGCUGUCUACCAGGAUCUUGUAAGAUCUCCUCGACAUGCUUUAUACUUUCUUGCUUCACUGUAAAAAACCAAAAAAAUUGCAGUAAAGUAGACUAAAUAUGUAGAGAAGCCAAUUUUUAUGAAAAAUAUGUAAAUCCCCUCCAAUUCAAUAAACCUUUCUCAAGAUCUAAUCCUAAGUGUGUGUUUUCCCUGGUAGGGAAUUCAUCCUCUGCCAUUUUGGAUGGAACUGCUACCUUAACUUUGCUGAGGUUUGGAGAAGAAUACGUCAUGAGUAUGCCAUAUGCUCAUUGUAAAGGUUUGUUCUUUUUCAUAGUGUAUUGCUAGGUAACUUACAUUAGAGCUGUGCCUCUGUAGCCUUAGGUAUCUUAAAAAAAUUUUUUUUGAAGGUAAGAUCUAAAAUUCAGAUAUUCAGAAGAUCCACUACCUACCAAAUAACAUUUUUGAAAGUUGAAGUGAACAGCAAUUCAAAAAAAGAACAUCACAAGGACACUACCUUAAUUUGUAAAUUAAUUUGUAAAUUAAAUUAAUUUAUUAAUUUAACUUAUUUUAUCUUGAACUGUAACUGAGAUUGGUAACUGAGAUGAUAGAGAUGAAAGAACUGUUUCCCUGAAAAGGUAGAAUCGAAGGGAAAACUAAACCUUUGAGCUAAAAUAUUUAGCUGAAAGCUGUUUAUAAUUGUUCUGCUGUUUUUGUUUCAUGUACUGUCAUCUUUUUCUUGAUUUUCAGGUAUUUUGAUUGGCACGCUAACAAUGGAGUUAGGAGGAGUCAUUACCAUAAACUGUGAGAAGACUGGGUACAAGGCUGAAAUUGAAUUCAAACUUAAGGUAAGAAGAUAAAGGGUUUCUGUGGGUGGAGCGCCAAUGUCAAAGAAAUUUGGGUCCAAGCCCCUUCAGAGCUUGUGCUGUGUUCUUAGGCAGGACACUUUACUCUAUGAGUACCUCUCUCCACUCAGGAGUAUCUGUAAGGACAAGUGAACUGUCAGGAAACUUUAUAGGGGGAAAACUUUGAUGGAGUGGGAUUCCAUCCAGGGGGAAAGAGCAAUACUGCAGCUCCUGUCGGAUGAGAUACCAGACUCAGCAGCUGACUUUGCUAUCUAAAUGAAAUCAUACCUUUGUCGUUAUUUUAGCCAUUCUGGAAGAAGAGUGGGGAAUCUAAUUAUGUUGCUGGCAAGAUUAAAAUGGGAAAGGAAACAUUGUGUAGAAUAGAAGGAAAGUGGGUAAGUAUCUCUCUAAAUAAUACGUCUUUUGUCAAUGUGUAUGCUAUAUAUCUUCCAGUUAAAUGGAAAAUGGUCUGUUCUUUUGUUUCCCUGUAAGGAUGGUGAGAUUCUUAUCACAGACCUUAAAACUCCAGUUCCUGCAGGGGUAAGUACAGAAACGCAAUCUUAUUUAUGUAUCAGUCAAAGAAAUGUAAAAUCUAAAGAUGGGCUCUUCACACCCAUGUCAAAAUUAUAGUUCUAUAAAGUGGGUGGGGGCAAGACUUAUUAAGCGUAUGAAUAAAGGGGUAAGUUUCUAAAGAAACUGUGGUGCUGCGUCGGUGGGAGUAGGAGUAUAGCAGGUAAUUUAGUGUUAACAACUGGGUUGAAAACGUAACGAAACUGGCUUAACGGCAUAACGGCUUAUGUACUAGUGUUUACUACAAACCUACAGAUUCACAUAGUUACUUGUUGUAUUCAUCUUCACACCCAUCACACGUCAAGAACUCCAUACCUUUUUCACAGUUUCUCAGACUUCUUCGUUUAUGUAGUGACGACUCUGAUUUUUCCGAAAAAUCAGAGGCAAUGUGCCAGUUUUUCGAUAAACGUGGCUAUCCUGUUUCUGUCGUUCAAGCGGGCUACCACCGUGUCCAACAAAUCGAUCGACAGGCAGCACUACAAACGGCCGAGAAGGAAAACACUGACCGCAUUCCAUUUACUCUUACAUUUCACCCUCACAACCACGCAGUUCAAUCUAUCAUUUUUAAAAGUUUUAAAUUACUCCAAAACGAUUCAGAGACUGGCACUAUCUUUUCGCAACCACUACUUAUUUCAUUCAAACGUUACAAAAACAUAGGCAACUUUUUAGUUAGGAGUUCAUUUCAAACCAACGAUCUAUCUGGAACUUUUAAAUGCGCUCGCUCACGUUGCAAAACUUGUCCUUUCAUUCAUAACGUAGAGAAAAUAUCGGGACCCAAAAGAUCCAUUAAGAUCAUUGAUCACUUUACGUGUACCUCCGCCAAUGUUAUUUACUGCAUAACUUGCACUUAUUGCAAUAAGUUAUACAUCGGCGAAACAGGAAGACGACUGGGUGACCGAUUCCGAGAACACCUUCGCGAUGUGGAAAGAAAUGACAAGGACGCAUCCAAACCAGUCGCUAGACACUUUAAUCUUCCUAAUCAUUCUAAACAGCAUAUGGCAGUUUGCGGCCUUUCCUUACAUCUAGGCAGUUCGGAAAACCGUAAAAUACUAGAACAAAAAUUUUUAUUCCAAAUCGGCACCCUUAAUCCCCACGGAAUCAACGAGCGCUUUUCAUUUAACUAAUUUAUUCCUGUUUUCUCGUCACCAUAUUCCCACCAAUGGCGUAGCUCCACUUUCUGCAUAUAAACCCACACACAACCCACAAUUCCUCUAAUCGCUCUGACGAAGGGCUAACGCUCGAGACGUCAGCUUUUUUACCCUUUACGGUGGCUAAUUUACGUUUUCAACCCAGUUGUUAACACUAAAUUACCUGUUAUUAAGCGUAUGGUUCUGUUGCACCUCUUCCUUCCUCUCCCUAGUGUAGAGCAUGUGUCUAGUGAGCAUGGUCUGCAAAUUACUGUCCUUUUAAAAGUGUUGUGACCACUUAAGAAGUUGUAAAGUGACUUCUAUUUCUUUUCUUUAGGAAGUGGAACCUCUUCCUGAGCUGUUUUGGGACCCAACUCCUGAAAUCCGAGAACAGAGACUUCCCAGACAUUUGGUGGAGUACAACACCCAAGGAGAAUUUGAAUCUGAGAAGUAUGUCAUAUCUUGCUUAGAUAUAGUAUAUAAUUCUUACUUUCACAUGUCUGUAAAGUGACUCAUGGGAACACAUUAUGAGGGUGUCGUGUCUUUGGAUGAUGUCUAACUGCUCUCUUAAAAUUACUAUUCCACAUACAGGCUCUGGAUAAAUGUCAGUGAUGCUAUCAAAGUUAAUGAUCAGGUAGGGAGAUCUUGUUUCAGUAAUUUUCAAUUGGCAAGUGCUGAACUUGAGCAACAUUGCAAUGCUUUUGCUCCACCAUACUUUGUAAUUAGUUUUGCAAUCUCUUACUGCCUUGUAAACCAGUCGAAAAAAUAAAGGUUAACAUUGUGUACAACCAUUUUCUACAAAAUUGUCAGGAAAAAGCAACAAACGAAAAGUUCACUCUUGAGGAGGCGCAGCGGAAAGGUCACCGUGAAAGAAGAGAAAAUGGAGUGGAAUGGAUUCCUAAACUGUUUGAACGUGAUCCAACUGCUCCUAAUGCUAUCAACCGAUGGCUUUACAAGUACAGAGAGUAAGCAUCUGAUUAACAUUUCAUUAUCUUAUAUUGGAUGCUGUCAGCCUUCUCUACAAACAAGAGAGUAUGAGGCUUAUAUAUUUUGUUCUUGUUGUAGUUUUGUGACUUUCAUCCUCUUUUAUUUUUUGUAGUGUAAGACCCUGGGAUCCAAUGACGGACCUGAAGGAGUAUGAAAAUGAUGGAAUCAUCAAAACACAGUAUCGCCUCAAAGCACCCAUGGUACGAACAACAAGCUUACUCAGUGUCCAACCAGAUAACAAGAAGCCAAUUUCAAAACGAAAGCGGCCUUCAUCUGGUCGAUCACGAUGUAGCGGCCAAGCAAAGGGAUCACGACGUAGUUCCAUUGACCGCUCAGGUGCAUCAACACCUGAUCCUGAAGCUGAACAUUCCAGCAGCAUUGAGGAUGAUGAUGAUGAUUCGAGUGUUAAGGAAGGCAUUGACCUUGCAGCUCUUGAGAAAGCUUUCCAGCCACUCAAAGAUCUACAGAAGGAGUGUGUUCAACAGAUGAGGGCAAUUAGAAGUGAUUUGCGUCGCCAUUACUCCUCUCAUCAGGAUGAUCUUGCUACUCUUCAGUUCAAAGACUGGCUCUUACUCUUGAUGUUCGUUAUAACUCAAGGAUUUUUCCAUUGGUAUUAUAGAAGAUGAUCCUGCAUAGCUACUUAAAAUACACAAAUUAUUCUAAUGAAAUUUUAAAAAAGUAUUUAAAAGGGAUGGAUUGUUUUUGUUGUGUGCUGUCCCAUGAAGUUUGGAUUUCACUGAUAUUGGGAAAAGCUCAAAAAUGAAUAAUAGUUAUCUUAACACCUAAUGGUAUAUUUUCAAGUGAAUUUGAGAUGGAAAGUGUCCUUUUUUUUCAUGGUCAGAAAAUAUUCUGAUUAGAAAACCAACUUGUGUUUGCUCAACAACAUAGUAGAGUCCCAUUUCUGCUCACUUUGGUUGUAGAGUAAAAUAUUUUUGAAAAAAUGGUAAUUUAGCUCAAAUUGGACAGAUGUGCCAUCUUGAUAAUCAGUGUUUAGAAGGGUGGGGUGAGUUUUGUUGCAUUUCACAAAAGCUACUCUGUAGAUGUAUUAAAAAUGUUGAGAAAUUGUUUGUUUGAUUGUAAGCAUAAUCAAAUAGAUUGUACUUGAUGAUUAACUCACAAUCACUUGAAACAAACAACACAAUCAGAAGAUAUAAUAUAUUUAAAACUUAUAUUAAAAAUUAAUUAGCCUGAAACAAGCUUCACAAGGUUUUUAAAAAGUUUCUUUUAGUUAGGGACAUGAAAGAGAUUUCAGCUGAUGCCCUUCAAAGAAAGAAAAUUAAAAAAAAAAAAUGAAUAGUGGUGAACAUAUUUUACCCUCAUAUUUAUAAAACUCCGAACAAAGAUAUCAGAUAGAGGUAAUUAUAGUUAUUUAUGAUUGUUACUUGUUAGUUAUAAUAAAUAAAAGAUCAAAUUUGAACUCAUUUUAAUUGAGUGGAGUUGGUGAACUUCAAAUUUUUAUCACAGACCCGAGGCUCACCUGCAUAGCACAGGAUCUUAGCACAGUUUGGUUUGUAACAUUUUAUUUCAGUCUCUUUGUUAUCAAACCUGGUCAAUUUUGAGCAACCUAAGGUUUAAAAAAAUUAUUAAGAGGCAAAAAGGGGAAUGCUUAACUUUUGUUAAGUAAUAAUAAUUA